UGGGGCUCAAACCGGGCCCAAAGUGGGUCUGAGAGGAUUCAGUACCUCAAACCAAACGUCUGGUCUUCCCAGUAGUAAUAUACCCCAAGGGUCCUCAUUCCCUGGCCCUGGUCUAAGUGCUGCUUUCCUCCCAGCUCCACCCCAGAGCCCAGUGUUUCCUGGCCUGACCAUGGCCUCCUCCCCCUUCUCCAGCCCCUUCCCCAGGUCUGUGACACCCAGGCCAGUCAGAGGGCCUCCUUCCCAGAUACAGAGGCCCUGGGCUACUCCUCUGGCUCAGGGAUGUAGCCUGUUUGACCCCAUCUCCCCAUCCCCCUCUAGUAGGUUUGGCGGACCCAUGUCCUCCCCCAGUCUCACCCCCCGUUCCCUCCACACGCCCGUCUUCACUAACCACCUGGUCCAGCUGGUGUCCCAACUCCAACAAGACCCCCCAGAGACCCCGUUCUGACCACACCCGGCCCAAUACCCGCCGCUUCCCCGGCCCUGCCGGAAUGCUGCCACAACAGCAGCUCCACGGGCAGAGCCUGGAUGACAUUGUGGUGGCCAUUCCUCAGACACCUGCACAUGGGGCCGUGGCUCGACUGCCCAGUCAGGUUCCCAGCUCUCAGACUGAGGAAGAGGAUUUCAGUGGAGGUCCGUGGGCAGCGAUGAAGGCGGAUAUGGGAUUGGACGAAAGGAACACCUCCUGUUUUCUGCACUCUCACAGCGUGGCCAUGGUACUCCGCAAGGAUAAUCAGGACAAAUGA